AUAUUCGAAUAAUUCGACCUGCAAUUUGAUUUAUUUCCAUAGCUAGUACGACUCGAUCGCGCACCCAUUGAAAUCAUGUGGUACGUUCCAUACCUCUCUGUUGCCCCGGAAGAAAGCAGUUCGCUUUACCACUUGGAAAGUGAUCAGCUCGCGAGGUUGCAACCGUGAAAGUACAUGAUCUACUCGCAUAAAAGAAACACAACUCUUGGAAUCCAAGGAUAGUACACAGUGUUCGUACUGGCUGAGGAGACAGACCUACAGACGGUAUCACAGACACUGGACAGAUUUAAUCUUAUAGAUUUGAAUGGACAAGGAGACCAGAAAUACAUAGCCCAGCUAGUUAACCCGUGUGGAAACUCUGCGAUGCCUGUGAAGAAAAAGAGGAAGUCUUCAGGGUCAGAUGACCCGGGACUCAGGAAGUGUAAAAUCACCUGCUGCUGCUUGCUGGCUUUGCUCUGUGCAGUGAGCCUUGCUGCUUGACUGGGGAACUCAACACUCAGCACAUAUUUGUCCCAUUAUGCAGCACAGACCUCAGUCAGUCCACAGGAAAGGAAAGAGGGAGGAGUGUGUGUGACACUGAAUAUCCUAAGAACUCCUCAUGCAUGUGUCUGAGUCUGUUUAGUGACCAUGUUCUAUCCUGUGGUGUAGUUUCUGACUGUGUUCUAUCCCGUGUGGUGUAGUUUCUGACUGUUCUAUCCCGUGUGGUGUAGUUUCUGACUGUGUUCUGUCCCGUGUGGUGUAGUUUCUGACUGUGUUCUAUCCCGUGUGGUGUAGUUUCUGACUGUGUUCUAUCCCGUGUGGUGUAGUUUCUGACUGUGUUCUAUCCCGUGUGGUGUAGUUUCUGACUGUGUUCUAUCCCGUGUGGUGUAGUUUCUGAUUGUGUUCUGUCCCGUGUGGUGUAGUUUCUGACUGUGUUCUGUCCCGUGUGGUGUAGUUUCUGACUGUGUUCUAUCCCGUGUGGUGUAGUUUCUGACUGUGUUCUAUCCCGUGUGGUGUAGUUUCUGACUGUGUUCUAUCCCGUGUGGUGUAGUUUCUGAUUGUGUUCUGUCCCGUGUGGUGUAGUUUCUGACUGUGUUCUGUCCCGUGUGGUGUAGUUUCUGACUGUGUUCUGUCCCGUGUGGUGUAGUUUCUGACUGUGUUCUGUCCCGUGUGGUGUAGUUUCUGACUGUGUUCUGUCCCGUGUGGUGUAGUUUCUGACUGUGUUCUGUCCCGUGUGGUGUAGUUUCUGACUGUGUUCUGUCCCGUGUGGUGUAGUUUGACUGUUCUAUCCCGUGUGGUGUAGUUUCUGACUGUGUUCUGUCCCGUGUGGUGUAGUUUCUGACUGUGUUCUGUCCCGUGUGGUGUAGUUUCUGACUGUGUUCUGUCCCGUGUGGUGUAGUUUCUGACUGUGUUCUAUCCUGUAUGGUGUAGUUUCUGACUGUGUUCUAUCCUGUAUGGUGUAGUUUCUGACUGUGUUCUAUCCUGUGUGGUGUAGUUUCUGACUGUGUUCUAUCCUGUGUGUUGUAGUUUCUGCAGACCUCAGGCUCCCGGCCGGUUGAUCAGCCCAGAGGACCAAUUCUCCAAUAAGAAAUGUCUGGCCUGGUUCUACGAGUACACAGGUCCAGAUGAGGUGUUGGGUCCAGAGGGGAUGGAGAAGUUCUGUGAAGACAUUGGAGUGGAACCAGAAAACAUAAUUAUGUUAGUUAUAGCCUGGAAACUAGAAGCUCCAAAUAUGGGAUUUUUCACUAAGGAGGAGUGGCUUAAGGGAAUGACUUUACUGCAGUGUGACUGCAUAGAGAGGUUACAGGGGAAACUGGACUACCUUCGCAAUCAUCUCAACGACACGAUCAUCUUUAAAAACAUCUACAGAUACGCCUUUGACUUUGCCAGGGAUAAGGACCAGAGGAGUCUGGACAUGGACACAGCUAAGUCCAUGCUAGGGUUGCUACUGGGGAGAACAUGGCCACUCUUCCCUGUCUUCAACCAGUUUCUGGAGCAGUCCAAGUACAAGGUGAUGAAUAAGGACCAGUGGUAUAACGUCUUAGAGUUCAGUCGUACAGUCAGCACAGACCUCAGUAACUAUGACGAGGAUGGAGCCUGGCCGGUGUUAUUGGAUGAGUUUGUGGAGUGGCAGAAAGCUCGGCUGGCAGCGUUAUAGCUGAGGACACACUCGCCAAACCGCAGAAGAGGAGAAAGAGAGAAGCUCACAUGAAGAUGUUCUCCCUCCGUUUGAAAUAUACAGAAACGGCACACACACUAUAGAGAGAUGGCACACACACACCCAUACGGUGUCACGGCGUGCAGAUACACUUCCAGUGACGGCCUCUGCUUAGUGGGCCAAACAAUGAAGUCCUCUCUCUCUGAAGAUAGUUUGUCAGUGUUAAUUUAAGCAAGUUCAACAAGGAGAAAACAAACAAAAAACGAAACGAAAGGGGGAACUAUUUUUCAUAUAUAUUGCAUCUGUGGCCACAGUUCUCUAGCCAUUGUUGUGAAGCUCGACUGGGGAAUUUUUUGGUUUCCUUGAACAUUUUUUCCCUUCAUUUUUGAGUCUUACCUUGUUUAUAGUAUGUUUUCAGAACAAGAAUAAAGAAUGGAAUUCAACCAAAUA